CGAUCUUACCCAAAAAGCCUCUAAUGGAUGAUAUCGGUCGCGAAAGCCUACGUGUUAAAUAGCAAUGUGUAUUUAAGAUCAAAUAGCUCGCUGUGUUAUGGAACUCUGCGCGCGCGUGUGCGCGUGUGUGCAACUCAUGUGUGUCGGCGUGCGCACGGCUAUCGUUCGAAAAUUAAUGAACAGCUCUCUCUCCACGCGAACUUUUUCAUCCCGAUCGACGCCAGGAGGAGCCCCGAAUCAUCCGCAUUAAACGCCGGUGCAUUGUGGGUGCAUUUGGAAGGAAUAGCUCGACAGAGAGGGCGGAGGGAGCCCGCGGGGUGAGCAGCAACCACAGCAGCAGCAGCAGCAAUAGCAUCAUCAGUAACAGCAUCAUCAGUAACAGCAGCGGCCGCCGCCGCCACUGCAUCACCACCAUUAGCAGCAGCAGCAUUAUAGCCAUCACUGUAAUCAAUAGCAGCACCGUUACUGUUAGCGGCAGACAUUCACCACCACAGUCAUCGGAAGCGACAGUACCAUCACGAUCACUGUCAUCAUCGUCUGUAGCAGCAGCAGCAGCAUCUGUAUCGCCGUGAUCAGCAGCAGCAAGGACGAACGGGGAGAGUGAAGCACCUUCAUGGAGAGGCCCACUGCGUGCAGACUGGAUUCGGAAAUCUGAUCGAGUCAGGUCCGGUCUGCUCUGCACAUAACGCCGGGUAGACCGAGAUAUGGACGGGUUAGAUCACACUGGGUGAAAUCUAGUCGGGUCAGAUUCGUAUCGUGCAAAAUGUAUGUUGAACUUCCUUCGCAUCGUACAUAGCGAACCGUGCUAAUCAGAGUUGCGAUUCGAGUCGGGUUGGGCAGACUCUGAGUUGUCUCUAAUAAGAUAGGGUCGAAUCGGGCCAGAUCGGGCGAGGUCAAACUGGGUCGGAUCGGGUGAGAUUACAUCGGGUCAGAUCUGGUUGUCUCUAAUAAGAUCGGGUCGGAUCGGGCAAGGUCAAACCGGAUCGGAUUGGGUAAGGUCAAACCGGGUCAGAUCGGGUUGUCUUUAAUUAGAUCGGAUCUGAUCGGGUGAGGUCACACUGGGUCAGAUAGGGUUGUUUCUAAUUAGAUCUGAUCAGGUGAGGUCAAACCGGGUCAGAUCGGGUUGUCUUUAAUAGAUCGGGUCUGAUCGGGUGAGGUCAAAGCGGGUCAGAUCGGGUUCUCUUUAUAAGAUCGGGUCUGAUCGGGUGAGGUCACACUGGGUCAGAUCGGGUUGUCUUUAUAAGAUCGGGUCUGAUCGGGUGAGGUCACACUGGGUCAGAUCGGGUUGUCUCGAAUAAGAUCGGCGUUGGGGUUGGGUCUUGGGUUGGGUCAGACCUCGAGACGCUGCAACAGCAGCAGCUGCCUCGCCUUCUCUCGCGCAAGACUCUGCGACGGCAGGGGUCAUGACUGACACGUCACACACGCCCUCGGCCAGGUCUCCACUCCCCGAAGCCCGUACAGGUGAUACAGCGCGCAGGUGAAAGGAGGGGAGGCCGAGGGGGGGAGGCCGAGGGGGGGAGGGCCCACCAUGCAGUGCCUGGUGCCGGCCAAGGGGGAGGGGGAGCUGAGUGGGGAGGGGGAGCACGUGGACAUCUUGACGAUCGGCUUCCUCGUGAAGGACCGAUGGAAAGUGUUUCGCAAGAUCGGGGGCGGUGGGUUUGGCGAGAUCUACGAGGCAUUCGACAUGCUGAGCCGCGAGAACGUCGCCCUGAAGGUGGAGUCGGCCCAGCAGCCCAAGCAGGUGCUCAAGAUGGAGGUGGCCGUCCUCAAGAAACUGCAGGGUAAAGAUCACGUCUGCCGUUUCAUCGGAUGUGGGAGAAACGACAAGUUCAACUACGUGGUGAUGCAAUUACAGGGUCGGAACCUGGCUGACCUACGUCGCAGCCAGCCCCGCGGUACGUUCAGCCUCAGCACCACCCUGCGCCUCGGGCGCCAGAUGCUGGAGGCGAUCGAGAGCAUUCACGCCGUGGGCUUCCUGCACCGAGACAUCAAGCCCUCCAACUUCGCCAUGGGUCGCCUGCCCAGCACCACGCACAAGUGCUUCAUGCUGGACUACGGCCUGGCCCGCCAGUACACCAACUCGAGCGGGGAGGUGCGACCGCCCCGUGCUGUGGCUGGCUUCCGAGGCACCGUGCGCUACGCGUCCAUCAACGCUCACAGAAACAAGGAAAUGGGACGCCACGAUGACCUUUGGUCCCUGUUCUACAUGCUGGUGGAGUUCACGGUCGGCCAGCUCCCAUGGAGGAAAAUCAAGGACAAGGAACAGGUCGGCCUCAUCAAGGAGCGAUACGAUCACCGGCUGCUCCUGCGCCACAUGCCCACCGACUUCCACAUUUUCCUGGACCACGUAUCCACCCUGGACUACUGCACCCGCCCCAAUUACCAGCUGCUGAUGUCGGUGUUUGAGCACAGCAUGCGCGAGCGCAGCAUCACAGAGAACGAGCCGUACGACUGGGAGAAGGGAGGCCUGGAGGAGUCGCUGGCCAGCACCACCACCUCCACGCCACCGCACCACUUCACCCGUCAGACCGCCGCGAUGUUUGGCAUUGCGGGGACACCCCAGCCCGGUGCGGACGUUCUGCGCGAGAACACGGACGAGGUCCUGCAGGACGAGCACCUGAGCGACCAGGACAACCUUGGGGGCGGUGGCGGCAUCGUCGGGGGGGCGGCCCAGCCCGGCGGGCCCCCACCAAGGGGGGCCGAGGCCGGCGGGCCACACCUGCCUCACAUGGCCUUCAACUUGGAGGCCGAGACGUGGGAUGAGACGGACUUCAACCGCAACCGCCUGCGCAUCAACAUCUGCAAGACGCAGUGUGGCACAGAGGAGGAGCAUAGCCCCGGCGGGGUGUGCGGCUCGCCGCUGGCGCGCGCUCAGCUCGAAGCCGUGCUGCGGGACCGGCUGCCGGGCGAGCGGCCGCUCAGCUGGAAGCUCGUCGGCCUCAACGGCCCCGACUCGGCCGAGCGCUACCUCCUCGCGUCGCUGCAGGCGGCGCGCGCCGACUGUGCCGCCGAGGCGAGGGGUGCGACUGCGCCGGAUGAUCGGGGUGCAGCGCUCCACGGGUCCGGGUCAGCGUCGGCAGCAGGGGCGGGGUCGGGGUCCGGGGCAUGCCCAGGCUCGGCGGGGCACGCAGAGCGGAGGGCUGGCGGGGGAUCGUCGCGCGUGGCCUCGCUUGGCGACGCCGUCGCCCACGGACGCGGAAAGUCCAGCGUCGAAGCCACAGCGGCUGCGGUGCCACCCAAGAGUGAAGGCGAGGCCGUGUCAGGCCCCACCGGUGCGGGCGGCGCUGGCGCCGGUGGGGCCGCCUCCCCGGAGCAGGCGAACCCCAGCAGCGGCUUCGUGUCGGUGUGUGGCGGUGCCCCCAGCGAUGACUGGGUGCUCGUCGACAAGGAGGGCGAACUCCGUGACUUCCUUCCGAUCUCCGGCGCCGGCAGAGCGCAGCCCGCCGGCACCGGCGCCGCUGCCCCCUCGCCAUCCGGCCCCGCCGGGAGCGGCGCGGGCCCCGAGCGAGACGUCCGGCGGCCGCUCGUUUGCACGGAGCCGAGCGAGGACGAGGAGGAGCCGGAGGUGCUGCACGUCUCCGACGAAGACCGAGACUCGCCAGGCAACGGGGGGCGGCGGGAAGCCACGUCGGGGUCCGCCACGUUGGACAGGGGUUCCCGGGAGGGCCAGGGUUCAGGGGAGGAGAGAGGGGCCAGGGCGGCGGUGGCGGCUGCAGCUGCGGCCGGCGGGCUGGUGUGGCGGCUGAGCGCGUACCCGGAGCUCAAGACCACGCUGGAACGGAGUCGCACCACGCUCGGAGUUUUCUACUCGGCACGAGGGUUCGACCCGGCGGGGGCGGCCGACAGGACUGGGUGGAGGGCGAUGGGAAUGCCGCCGGGGCAGGUGUCCGACAUCCGCACACCGCUUGCCGCGAUGCGCGCAUCUUCCAGCCUGGAAUUCGUAUCCCACCCUGGCGGCAGUGGCACGGUCAUGGAACGCCACCGCGGGCCGUGCGGCCUAGAAGCGGCGCUGGCGGCCGAGGUGCCCCGCUCACUGGCCCUGCUCUCCGACCACGGCGACAGCAGCCGCUCUGAGCGCCGCUCGUCCCGCGCCAGCGGUCGCAGCAACGGCGCCAUCGACGCCGAGCGGCGGAACGGCGAAUCGCUCGGGGCGAGGAUCGCCAACGCCGCCACCGCCACCGCUACCUUCGUCACCGCCGCCGUAAACCUGCCCGUCGGUUCUGGAGGCCGAGCCGCUGUGGCGGCAUCAUCGGGCCGCACGGCCGCCCCCGCGGAAGACGGCGAGCGCUUCCGCUCGUCCACCAUCAAGGCGGACGCGGACGACGAGGAGGGCUCGCGCACGCUCGUCACGUUCUCGCCGGGCGACGCGCGGGGCGCCCGCUCGCUAGGCGCCACCCUCGACUCGACAGCGCACGACCAGGAGGCCGGGGCCGGCGCCACCGCCGGGGCGCUCACGCCGCAUGAUAAACCGUGGCCACCGGGGCCGCUGGUGGCUGCCGUCGAGCUGGAGGUGCCCGGCAGAGACGAACAGAGGGGCGGUUCGCCGACACUGUCCCGGGCGGCGCUGCAGCCGGGAGGGCCCGCAGGCGCUGCCGAGAGGCUGCUGCGGCGGCGGGGCAGUGCGCAGGCGGCCGGGCGUGCCUUCAGCCCCGAGAGGGUGCAACCGUCACCCCCACACUCCCCGCAGCAGCAACGCAAGGACACGACGAUGAUGGCAAUGGCUACGAUGUCGUCGCAGGCGGAGCUGCGCCGCAGCUUCGAAGGCGAGUCCAAGAGGGAGACGCUCGUCGUGGUGCCGUCGUCGUUGGCGUUGAGGCCCAGCGUGAGACCGUGCCGCGACGGAGGGCCGUACUACGGCGCCAGCAUUUCCUUGCGCGCCGGCCUCGUCGACUCGGUCACCACGGCGGCCAUGACCACCGUCACGGCCGUGGCGGCGGCAGCGGCGGCCUCCAAGAAGAGCCACAUCCCCGUGCCGGUGACGCACAAGGAGGACGGCGCCGCCCUGCAGCUGGCGUCGGCCAAGGACAAGCUGUUCCAGCGGCGCCUGCACCCCGUCGAUCUGUCGCGCCUGCUCGCCGGCAAGAGGCAGGGCCCCUUCAGGGCCAUCCUGCUGCCGUGCGGGCCCGCCGACAAGGCGGGGGCCGAUGAGAAGGCCGGCGGGCAGGCGAGCCGCCGGGAGGAGGCAAAGGCCGGCGACGAGAGGGAGGAGAGUGGCAGCCCGCCGCGGUCGCCCACGUGGAGGAGCAAGAUCCCGCGGCCCGUGUCGGUGAUGGCUGGGAGCCUGCCUGGGUCGGGGCCGGCCACGCCGCAGCAGUCCCCCACGCGCACACCCACCAAAUCGGCCUUCGAGGCCAGGUCCCCGCAGUCUCCCCGGAGCCCCCAGUCGUCCCCCAAGAGCCUGCGGGGUGGCCCUGGGGGCCUCUUCUCGCGCCGUUUGCACCGCUCCCCCCAGCGCAGCUCCUCGCUGCCCCCGUGCAGCCGCGCCGCCAAGCACCGCUCGCCGACGGGACGCGCCACCACCGCCGCCACUACCGCCGCCGCUACCGCCUUCCAACAGCAACAGCAGCACCACACGGUGACCACCGCCGCGUCGGGGCACGCGUCCUGCUGCGGGCCGCCGGUGACCACCGGGGGCCCGGCGGCGGCGAUCGCCGGCCUUUCGUCGCCGCACCGCUACCGGCUGAGCGCGCUCGUGUCGCCGCGCCACGGCCGACAGCUGCAGGCGCAUGUCGCGGGGCUGCUGUCGCCGCGACACGGUGCCUCGCUGGCGUUCCGGGAUCGCGAGCGGGAAGCGACGGCUAGGUCUGUGUCCCCGUCUUCGCCCUGCCAGCAACAGCAGCAACAACAGCAGCAGCAGCAACAGCAGCAGCGGCAGCAGCAGCAGCGGCAGCAGCAGCGACAGCAGCAGCACAGCCUGCGCAGCUCGCUGCUCAGCACGCACAAGUUCAGCCGCGAGUUUGCUGCCGUUUCGGGACUGGUGUCGCCACGCCACCUGGUCAGCGGUGGGGUCGGAGGCUUCAGGGUGACCUCGCGCAGGGCUCCGAUGGCCACCGCCGCCACCAGCACCACCACCGGCACCGCCAGCGCCAGCCAGCUGCUAAUGCGUGCUCAGGAGUCGCCCACCCACAAGAGGGGCGACGCGGCGGGCGCAGACCCCACGGGGCUAAGCAGGUGACGCAGUGGCACAGCGCCGCCACGGGAAGAGGAGUUGCCCGUUCACCCGGGGUCGGUUCCGCUGUCGGGCAGAGCAAGCAAGCGAGCGCAAGCUUGAAGUGAAAUUGAGAAGCAAAUACAUUGAUAACGUCGAAGUGGCAGAGAGCUGAUUGGUGGUGAUGACAACCAGAGGAGCAUGGCGAGCGUGAGGUGGCGUGAGCUCUCGGCACUGCCCGGGGGGCGAUGGCUAGCACGGAUCGGAUGGGAUGUGCGAUGGAAAUUGCGGUCGAAGUCGGCUGCGGUUUUCCAACCACGGCGUCUGACGGGAGGCGUGGGGAUGGGAGAGGGACCGUGCGGCCCGGGGGCAGAGAUGUGCGUCAGGUUUUUUUUCCGGGCCGGCGAGGAUGCCUUGGGAAAGAGUCGGGUUAAAAUGUGCAAACGGUGAGACGCAACCACAGCUCAAACACGAACAAUCAGACCAAACAGCGUUGCACGAAGAUGGGCAGCAGCGUACAAGGGGCACACCACAUGCGUCUCGACAGACAGAUCUACACAGAAACCAUUGUACGCACAUAAGAGAUACAUCCGCGCACACACACCAAUAUAUGUACAUGCACACACAAAUGUGCGUGAACCCACUUGCAUUUACACACAGGCACAACUACGCACACAUUUAAACCUCGCUCGCACGCAGCUGAACAAAAAAAAUGUAUUCGACCCACGAAGGCGUCUGACAAAAGGUGGACGGAGAGCAGAAUUCUCAUCAAUCGGGCUCCCCCUGCCACCCUUUAAGUAAAUCAUCAAGAACAAAGCAAUAACUAAAUAAGGAAAUACCAAGGGAAGGCGAGGGGGUGGGGGGGUUGCCCUGCCCCAUGUCCCCCAUCCUCAGUCAAACUCCCACACGGAUGUUAAUGCUGUGUAUCUGUAAACGCCAUCAUGCGGUACACACACGUAUACAAACUCGUAUAUAUAUGAUAAUGAUGGAUAACGAUUAUAUACAUAGAGAUGAUACAGAACAAUCCACUCUACGUAAAAAUGCAGAGGUCCUGCAAUGGCAAUGUUAUGCUUGCGAAUUGUGAUGCACUAGUAUGACCCGAUGAGGUUAUUGUAAUGGUUAUUGUUAAUAUAUGCAGCCUACGUGCGAUUUUAACUGCUCCGCACAGCUACCGUAUUCUCCAGAUUAUAAGACGCGCCAGAACGUAAGACGCAGCCCCAAAACCUGAUUCCGGUGGAUCAAGGUAUACAAAUAUCAACACACACACAUAGACGACUACCGGGUUAUUAGAUGCACCCCCAAAUUUUAGCUUUGCAAUGCAGGGAAAAAAAGUGCGUCAUAAUCAGGAGAAUACGGUGUACGAUUUUUGCGUAUAUAAUGUACGUUACACACGUGUGUGUGUGUAUGUACGAAUGCGUGCGCGCGUGUGCGUGUGUAUAUAUAGUAAGCAGGAAAUGGCAUAUGUGUUAUGCAUUUGUGUUCUGGUAUACACACAUGUAUUUGUGUGUAUACACUUUAUGGCAUUUGUGUAUAUUGCGUACAUUUGUGCAUAUGUAUAUGUACAUGUUGGUUGCCAUGUACAUAAAUAUGUGUACAUUCUAUAUUUUGCCGGGAGUGCUAAAACAAUUCAGAAGAAAAUGAAUUGUUUUUUUUUAAGUUGAACAAACCCACUGUUAGAGGCGUUUUUUUAAAUUAUUAUUUAUUUAAUAUUUAUUUUAUUUUUGUAUGUAUUUUUUUUAUUUCGUUAUAGCUUUGAAUGAACAACAGUGUUGACGUUACAACCGUGUAAUGAAUCUUGACUUACAGCUUUCGUGACUGCAGUAAUUCAUAGUCUUUGGGUCUUUCGGUAAAGUCACAUAGAUAGGUUCAAAGAAAAUAACAAGAAACUACGACGUUUCGAUCGCAACACAAGCGGCCGUCAUCAGGAAAAGGGGUGACGACCGCUUGUGUUGCGAUAGAAACGUCGUAGUUUUUUGUUAGUUUCUUUGAACCGAUCUACGUGACUUUACCGAAAGACCCAAAGAAUAUAACAGCGUAAUAAUUUAUCCCAAUUUGAAUGGCCAAUUAAUAACCAAUUAAUAUUGGGCCAAGUAAUAACCACAAUCCAUUCCCUUUCUGUUGAGCAAUGGUGUCUUGUCCUCUCAUUCAAAGCGUUUGACAGUUCACAUCUCUGUUUGCGGGCUUCCACUAACGAUGGAAAUUCCGCAUUCCUACACGGAAAGGACCAGUCAUUCCAUCGGAGAUUCCCUGCUGACUUCCCCAACAAAGGUUGCCUCAAUUUAUCCACGCUGAAGAAAUUAUAUUAAGUUGACCGCCGAUUGGAAUAAGUUUUAACUCGUAACCUAAAUAGAGCAACGGCCGAUAGACGUGGUGCACAUUCAGCUUCUCUAGAAAAUUCCCGUUAUUUUGGUUAAAGUCGCCCCCAAAGCGUCCAUUGUCACUAAAGUGUUACCUGCAUUUUUCUUAAUUUACGAAAAUAUUCACGAUUAUCAACUCAACUAAUUAUAGGAAGGGGGGAGAGAGUAAAAAAAAAACUGGUUAGCAUGGUAAAAAUUGUUGCUCAUUUUUUGUUUACCAGGGUCAUAGGUCACAUGCUGUGGUACAUAGCUAGUCAUCAGUAGUUCAAUACCAUAGGACUCCUUAUUCUUUUCGUUCAUAAUCAGCCCUUCCUCAACUCUAUAUGAUAAAAAAAAUACUCAAGAGCUGUCACUGACACACAAAUUCCAUUUCUUUAGGACUGAAUAUACAGUAAAGGUAUUUCAAAGUCAUAUUUCGCCUGUUCCAAGACACGUGAUUUUACAUGGCCAGAUUCACAUGUUGGUCAAUGUGACCAAAGUGCAUCGUAACGCACUGCCCCUUCGCGAUAGGAUCCCGUUCCUUUGGCAGAAAGUGGGAACAUUCACCAAAAUGGGUAAAGUGGACCUCAAAAUCUGCGGUGUAUAUGCAGAUAUCCAAAACGCUUCAAAUAAUGACAAGAAAAACAACACACAAGCCAGCUGGAAGAGCUGAAUGGCAUUCACUUUCCACAGUUAUUCCGAAACCAAUUAAAGACAGUCAUGCAUUUCCCUCCAUAGAUCAAAUUGGUUGCCAUGGAGAUUGUAAUGGCGGCUAUGGUAAUUAGCAACGUGACCUCAUUAUGCGGCAUUGUUACUCUUGCAGCGUGCCGUGGUGAAUAUCAUUAUGAUGCCUUUGUAUUUUUGGUUGCGGUUUGGUAACUGAUCUCUUCAACUCGUUUGCCAAAAAAAAUAUUUACGAAAGAAAUUAAUAUUAUUCUACUCAUAGGGGUGUCGAAGAGUAGGCCAAAAAUACCCUUCAGAGCUACUUCUGGAGGCUGUUCCACCAGCAAUGGCAUGGGCAUGAAAUUGCAGGGCUGCACCAUUACCUUUUAAUUAUAGUACUUGAAACAUCCCACACAUGCAUCCACGUAUUUACGAAGCCACUAGGAGCUGCAAGAAUACUUGUACAAAUUAAAACAUGAUUAUUUAACUCUGUAUAUAAUGAAUUUGGGGUGGUGGGUGGUGGUGCAGCGGUUAGCACACUGCACUAUGAACCGGCAAUCUGAGUGCGAUUCCUGGCCGUGAUGGAUGGGGGUAACAAUCAGCGGCGAGUGAUAUCUGAAUUAUUCCUGGACACCUCCUUCACCCAACCAGCCCGAUCCAAUUUGAAGUACGGUCCAACAACCUAUGUGAUCGAGGGGGAGGCCUUAAUCCAGCAGUGGAUUGACAACUGUAAAUUCUUAUUCGUAUUCAUUAUAUUAACUCAUGAACAAAUUACCUCCAUUAAAAUGCUACUUAAUUAUAUAUAUACACGCAAAAAGUAUAACGUUGAAGGAAGUUUUAGGCAUUGAGACAUAUACUUGUUUAACGAGCUUCUAGGUGCAAUAUAAGUUGGAACUUUCUCAAACUUGAGUUGUCUCAACCCGAUGUUUCAAGGCGCAGCUCCUCCACUACGCAGUAGCAGUGUGUUUCCAAUAUUCAGAUUACUUUAGUAAAAAAAUAAACACAUCUGAAUAGAGCCAAGAUACAAAGUUUUCGGAUGAUUCUGGAAGAAAAAAAAUAUUUUGGAUAGAUUCGAAAAGAUGACGUCACUGUCAUAUUUUAUCUCCAUCGUGUGCCAUCAAAUGACGUCAGUAUUGUUAGCAUGAACACAUUUUAAGUUGGUACCAUAAUGUAGUAAGUGGAUCAAAAAAAAGAUCCAAAGUUAUCUUUAAAAAAUCUGCACAUUUCACAUUCAAAACGUAUCCCCAGUAUGCGAGGUUGCUGCCUAAUAAAGGCAUCAAAUGCUGAUCACGUUUUUGGCUGAUUGCAAAUUAGAUGGCCGAGCAGAUAUGCCUGGGUCACCGUGUUCACAUCCUCACUGUUGCAGCUGAAACAUGUCGGGUUGGAACAACUGACGUCUGAGGCUGGCAUUUCCCCCCCCCCCCCCCCCCCCCCCCAUUCUUAGAUUGUUGAAUAAAUAAUAAAACUUUUAAGAAAAAAAGAAUACACCCACUUGAUUUUACAAACAUCCGAAAUUGAAAAAAAUAAUUUGGGGGGGGGGGGCCAAUAGCACAUUGUGAAUAUUAUACAAUUCACUUUAAAGGAGCAAAAUACUCCUAGUAUUGACUUGAAUGCGAUAAGACUAAAUAAUGUUGGGAUUGAAGUAAGACUUUUGGCACGUGACACUGGCCCAUCGUUGUUCGGAGUGACAAGGCCGAAGCCCUGGAUAUAAACGUAACCCCUUGCAGUCUGGAUCCCACACCAGUCAACAGUGUGGACCCCGCAAUCCCAAUGCAGCUGUGUUUUUGUUUCAGUCAGUGCUGUUUAACUCCUGUUUAUUUCAGUGCCACUUUGUGGCGAUGUGAAAUCCGGAAAAAAAUCAAAAGAAACGUUCCCAGAAUAACGCGUUCCAUUGCCUCUACCGCCACUGACCAUGUUUUCGGAUAAAAAAAAUUUUGGUUCAAAUAGGUAUCAUUAUUUACUUAAAAGAUGUUUGGAAAAUCAAUAGCAUGGACACAAUAUUUUUACAUCCUUUCAACAAGAUAAAAAUAAGAAUGUAUUUGUCCUUCAUAUUUUGUCAAAUCGGCGAGUUUAAGAUGCAGUGAUUCAGUUUUAAGUCAAAAUAUGCUACAUGUUAAUGAUUCCGUACAAUCACAAACCGUUUUUUUCAGAAAAGCCACAACACGUGAUGGAUUCUGCCCAAUUGAGACAGUUAUAAUCAAGGUUGCUGCUAUUAAAAGAAAACUUGUUCUGCACUGCAAAUCGCAGCAAACAAUACCAGUUGUGGUCGCUGCAGGGCAAAAGUUAUGUUUUGAAAAAGAGUAAAAAUGACUCCGCUUAGUCAAAUGAAAAUGACUAAUUGCUUCAAAUAAGCGGAGUUGUUUCUACUGCUGUACUUCAAAAUGGAAAAUCCGGCUGCUGUAUCAAAAACCAAUGGGUCACAUCCAUCCAUUCACUCCCAUCACAAACAUCACUCUACCUGUAUCGUUAAAUAUUCAGCUAAAAAUGUGAUCUUCGUGGAAGCGCAGGGCCUCUGUCUACAUACUGACGGCCUUUCAGCAACGGCGCCCGCAGCUAAAGUCAAGCGACCGCAUGGGCUGCACUCUGCUGACGAAGCCCAACCAAAGGGCGAAACCCGUGUAUGGGAAACAUUGUCAGUUUUUGUCCAAUUGCUACUCGCGCGCGAAUAAAAUGUUGGCUGCUGGUACAGCUUGUGAGGACUGA